AUGGCGCAGCGGGUUCCUGCAGGCAGCGCCCUCCCCUGCUCCUCCAGGGGCGCCUCUGCCCCCAGGCUGCUGCGGAGAGGAAACAGGUCUGGCGGUGGCGGCCUCGGCCUGGGCACCCGGGUUCGAGCUCCGGCCUCCCGGCCCGUCGGCCCCACGGGUGUGGAACCGAUUUAUUCGGUAGCUUUGCCGCUGAUUAGUUGCAGCCUGGCCAGACACGCUUGUGAGGGCGCCGAGAGCGAGAAGCCGGACGAGCCUCACUGUCCCACGGCCGGACCCUGGCUAGAGGCGUGGAAACCGGCCAACCGCCCCCGUCGGCCAGGACAGUCCCGGGAUCAGCACUGGAGAUCGGGACCUUUCAGAGCAGGAAAUGUGAUCUGCUGGCUGAUUGAUGUCUUCACCUGGCCUUUGUUCCCGAGCCGCCUCUCCGCCCGCCUCUGCAGGGCUGCGCCUCCUGCUCCAGGGUCCAGGCCUCUCGGAGGACAUUCCAGGGUCCCCGCUCUGUCCCCUCCAGGCACGGCCCCAGUGUCCAGGCCCCCGCUCUGUCCCCUCCAGGCACGGCCCCAGUGUCCAGGCCCCCGCUCUGUCCCCUCCAGGCACGGCCCCAGUGUCCAGGCCCCCGCUCUGUCCCCUCCAGGUACGGGCCCCAGUGUCCAGGCCCCCACUCUGCCCCCUCCAGGUAUGGGCCCAGUGUCCAGGCCCCCACUCUGCCCCCUCCAGGCAGGGACCAGGCUUGCCUCUGCCUCUGACACGGGGAAGGCUAGUCUAGGGGUAAUUUCAACUUCCCGGCAGAGGGGCCCCCUGGCCACAGCCCCCCUGGCACCUGCACAGGUGAGGAGCGGCCCAUGGGCCGCGGGGAGAAGGUGGCUGAGCGGCACCUGGGGAGGGUGUGGCCCGAGGAGGGGCUGCUGCAAUAAGUGUUUCUUUGUGCGUUCCCUCUGCUUUUGUUUUGAAUUCUUCCCUGAGGUUCCAGCGGAGCCCUCCCAGCACACCUGGGGACAGGUGGGGGCCUUUCUCGCCAUCUCUGCAGGAGGAGCAGGUGGGGCCUUAGCCGCGCCUCCUGAAAUAACGAAAACGUUUGCGUGCAUCCGGCCAGCUCGCUGUUCUGCCGUGGUCUAGAGCGUGUUUAGAAAACUUAGUGGCACGGGAGUUCAGCUCAAGGUCACCUGGUCCCCACCUCUGCCAGGCGCUGUCCCCCACCCUCCCAAGGAGCGUUCUGGGAGCCUGGGACCAGGGUGCCUUCCUCUGUGCCCCCAGGUUCUGUGGGAGACGCGUGCGAUGGGGGGAGGCUCUGUUGGGCUGAGGCCGGGAAAGGCCUGGCUUCUUCAAGGCGGGGCUCUGAGGCCGGGGCUGCAGCGGGAGGGAGAGCCACGAAAGCCUGUGUUUGGGGCUUGGGCCGAGACUGAGGCCUGAGGAGGGUGUGGAGCAGCGGCUGUGCACUUUUUUUGUUUGUUUUUAAAAUAUAUUUUUAUUGAUUUCAGAGAGGAAGGAGA